CGGGACAGGGGGCGGGGCUGCCGGUGCAGCCGUGACCGUUGGCUGCGGCGAUCGUUCCCGUGGCCCUGUGGCGGCAUGCAGAACGUCAUCAAUACGGUGAAGGGGAAGGCCCUGGAGGUGGCCGAGUACCUCACUCCCGUCCUCAAGGAAUCCAAAUUUAAAGAAACUGGAGUCAUUACACCUGAAGAAUUUGUCGCAGCUGGCGAUCACUUAGUUCACCACUGUCCUACUUGGCAAUGGGCUUCAGGAGAAGAGCUAAAAGUCAAGGCUUAUCUGCCAACAGACAAACAAUUUUUGGUAACUAAAAAUGUACCGUGCUACAAAAGGUGCAAGCAGAUGGAGUACUCAGAUGAGCAGGAGGCAAUUAUAGAAGAAGAUGAUGGUGAUGGGGGAUGGGUAGACACCUUUCACAAUGCAGGUAUAGCGGGUGCAACAGAAGCAGUUAAGGAGAUCACUCUAGACUGUAAGGAUAAUAUAAAAAUACCAGAGCGAUCAGCAUCCUGUGAAGAUGAUGAUGAGGAAGAUGAAGGAGAAGCUGCAGACAUGGAAGAAUAUGAAGAAAGUGGGCUAUUGGAGACAGAUGAUGCAACACUUGACACAAGACAGAUUGUAGAAGUUAACAAAGCCAAAGUUGAUGUUGGAGGGGAAGAUGCUAUUCUACAGACUAGAACUUAUGACCUCUACAUCACUUACGACAAGUAUUACCAAACUCCAAGGCUCUGGUUAUUUGGAUAUGAUGAGCAACGGCAGCCUUUAACAGUAGAGCAUAUGUAUGAAGACAUCAGUCAAGAUCACGUCAAGAAGACUGUGACCAUUGAAAACCAUCCUCACCUUCCUCCACCUCCCAUGUGCUCAGUUCAUCCAUGCAGGCACGCGGAAGUGAUGAAGAAAAUAAUAGAGACUGUUGCAGAAGGUGGAGGAGAACUUGGAGUUCACAUGUACCUUCUUAUUUUCUUGAAAUUUGUACAGGCAGUCAUUCCAACAAUAGAAUAUGACUACACAAGGCACUUUACAAUGUAACUAAGAUAAAAGAUCCUCUAUCAAGUCUUUUUUUUAAAUAACCCAUCCAUGUGACAUACAUUAUACACAAUUUCUGUAAUUAACCUUUUAUCGAGCUGAUAGAUGAAAAUAAAAUGUUCCAUUACCAGCCUUUUUAAUAAAAGUUUUUGUGUGUAAUAAAUAAA